UGAACCUGUCCACCGAAAGACUUUUCUCUCCUGGCGUAGACGAAGCUGCUAGACAAUGGGGAAGAUUGGCAAGGAAACGGCAGGUCAGGUCAUAAGCUUCAUAGGCGUCGUUGGGGUGGCAGUGACCUGUGGGAUCCCCAUGUGGCGAGUUACCUCUUACAUCGGAGCCAACAUUGUUACAGGCCAGAUUGUAUGGGAUGGUCUGUGGAUGAACUGUGUGAUGCAAAGUACUGGACAGAUGCAGUGCAAGCUGAAUGACUCUAUCAUGAGCCUGACGACUGAUCUGCAGGCUGGCCGAGCACUAGUCAUCAUCUCACUUCUCUUUGGAUUUAUCGGCUUUAUCAUCUCGUUUGUUGGAGCCAAGUGUACCAGCUGUCUGAAAAAAGAUGCAUCAAUGGCAAAUGUGGUGAUCAUAAGCGGCUGUCUCAUCAUUAUCUCUGCUAUCCUGAUCUUAAUCCCCGUCUGCUGGUCUGCAGCUUUCACCAUCUCAGACUUUCGGAACCCCUUGACUGUAGCAACACAGAGAAGGGAGAUUGGAUCUGCUAUCUACAUUGGAUGGGGCUCAGCUGUACUUCUUCUGAUCGGUGGGAUCAUCUUAACCACCUCCUGUCCUCCCCAAAAACAAAUGUAUGGAUACCCUAGCUACCAACAACCAGUGUAUGCUUAUUCAAGACCAAACUCAGCCGCAUAUGGCCGUGUGUAUGCUCCACCAUCCAACCAACCAUACACAGUCGCAGGUGGUUAUGCUCCCAGCAAGCCAUAUGCAGCCCCAGCCUCAUAUCCUGCUUCACAAUAUCUAUAAAAAUGAAGGAAGAGAUCAAGGACAGAGACUAAAAACCUUGCCCUGACAGCUGCUGGACUUUCAAAUGACCACUGGGAAAUACAAUCACACGAAAAUAUCAGAUGUACAUACUGCAUUAUUCUGAUACACUGAUGUAAAACAACUAGACUUCUACACAUACUUUUACCUUUAAGAUUGUGAAGCUAUGAUGUAAAAGGAAUCUGUGUGUGUGCUGAAAAUUGCAUUGCUUUUCACAAGGAAGUCACUGUCUGAUAUAUUUAUUUCCCUGUUAUGAACUACAGAUUUAGCAGUGUGCUUCUUUUCUGUAACUGCCACUUUAUCUUGUACAUUUUCAUGUGAAUUUCAAUAAAAACAUUUGUCUU